AGGUACACACGCCACCACCACGACCGAGAGCACCCCAGAGACGACCGUGGAUGUCACAACCACCACAGAGUCAACCGUGGCUGACACCACCACCACGGAGACGACCACCGAGAUGACCACCCCCAUGAUCACUGUUCUAAAGAUCUUGAUCCAUAAAAACACGAAUGACAACUGGAUCCAAACCUCCGUGUCCUCCCACACCACAGUCUCACCUGCUACAGGCAACGCCACAAGCUUCCAGACCAGCAACAGCUCCACAAGCAACAGCACCACGGUGCCCGGUUCUAGCAGUGCCACCCCUUCCCCCACCAAUGCCACUGCAAACAGCACCAGCUGGGCCCCCCCCUUGGGCACCAACACCACCACCAGCAGCUCCGCAGCGCCCACCGUGGGGGGUGGCACGGUGAUCCCCACCUCCAGCACCAAAGGCAACGGGAGCAGCAGCUCUCAGGUUGUCCCCACACAGAAGACCUCUGUCACCUCUCAGGGCAGUACGGCUCCCAGACAGACCCCCACGGCCGUGCUGGGGGGCAGCGGCAGUCCCAAACCCAGCAAAGCCGCGGCUCUGCUUCCCACCGACGUCCAGCUGCUCCUCCGCGUCCCGCUGUCCUUCCGCAUCCUCAACAGGAGCUUCAACGAGAGCCUGCGCGACCCCACGUCGAAGGAGUACAAGAGCCUGAGCUACACCAUCUUGAACAUGUUUGAAAAGGUCUUUGGCUGUGUGAGCUGCAUCGGCAGGCGGACCUACAAGGGAUGCAGCGAGCUGCGUUUCAGCCACGGCUCGGUGGAGGUGCAGUCCACCCUCGUGUUUGGGCACAGCAAUGAAACCAUCACCAGCGAUGUCAUUGAGCAGCAGCUGAGGGACAGACUGGACCAGAAAGGCUUCAUCAUGGACCUGCAGCUGGCCAGCAUCUACAGUGCUGGGGAGGUGAUGGCGCCGGCACCAGUGCCUGCGGUCCCGGACUGGGCCAUUGCUCUGCUGGUCCUGGUCUGCAUCCUGCUGCUGCUGAGCAUCCUCACCUGCCUUCUGAUGACCUCCUGCACCUGCCGCCGGAAAAGCCACGGGAAGCUGGACCUCUUCAGCGCGAAGGACUCCUACCACCCCAUGGCCGAGUACCCCCCGUACCAGAGCCACGGGCGCUACGUCUCACCCAACAGCAAACCCAACCCCUACAGCCAGGUGAGAGCCAAGUGCCACCGUCCUUGGGGCUGCUUGCGCCUGGCGUCCUGGGGCCGGGAUGGUGCAGGGGAAGGUGCUUUUCGGUGCAGCUGGGCAGGUCCCUUGACCGCUGGGUUAAUGGCUAACGGAGCUGGUGAGGCAGAGGAUGGUGACCCUGGGAGCCCGCCCCACGCCGGUCCCCUCCCGCUUGGGAG